AUGGCACUUGACAGGCUGCUUCACAAGAAUCUCGGGCAGACCGAAAGAGAAAUUGAAGAGAACAAAUGGCUCCUGAGCGAUCAAGAGCGCGCUGCAAUCAACGACGAUUCAUCAUAUCAAUGGCCUCAUCAUAAGGAAAAUGUUCAUCUUAGCGAAGUAAAAUUAUUGACGCACCACCUCAACGAAGUCCCCGAUUACGAUGGCGAUGAAGAUUCUGACGCGGGGGAAGGAGAUUUUCUUAAUAAUCAUUUCGACCACGAGGAGAUCAUUAGAAAAAACUCGGAAGAUGAUAUGAAAAAGAAUGAGGCAAAACGCAAACUCAUUACGGCCUCCAUCAUUUGCACGUUUUUCCUGACGGCUGAAGUGAUUGGUGGGAUCAUGUCUCACUCGAUCGCCAUUUUGUCUGAUGCAAGUCAUAUCUUUGCUGACUUGUCUUCAUUCCUUCUGAGUCUCGUCGCAAUCCAUUUCAGCUCAAAGAAGCCGACGCGAAGCUACAAUUUCGGCUACUCCCGCCUCGAGGUCAUCAUCGCCGUCGUUAAUAUCUUAUUCAUCUGGAUAUUGACAGGCGCUCUUGUUAAAGAGGCAAUCGACAGGGUGCGGGAGCCUGAUGAGUUUGAGCUAAACGGAAAGAUCAUGCUACUUGUUUCCAGCCUAGCAGUGCUUUUCAAUUUGACUCUUGGGGUAAUGCUACACGGUGAGCAUGGACACAGUCAUGGAGGUCACACUCACAGUCACGCAAGUUCACAUGCAACUCACACAGGUUACAACGACAAAGGCAAUCACACCAAGCACCAACAAAGUUAUCACAACGAUCUGGAACAGAGCGGUCAACAAGAGGACUUGGGCUGCGCUUCUCCAGGCUCCAAGCGGUCCGCAUUUUCGCUCAGCUCUAUAGCCGAAAGUGCCAACAACGCUGACAUCAACGUUCGGGCAGCAAUGAUACAUGUUAUUGGAGAUCUGCUGCAGUCUAUCGGUGUGUUCAUUGCUUCUGUGUUGAUUUAUGUGAACCCUGAAUGGAAGAUCGCCGAUCCCAUUUGCACUUUUUUCUUCAGCUUACUGGUACUUUGUACGACACUUCCACUUCUGCGAGACACAGUGCGUAUUUUAAUGAUGGCAGCGCCCAGAAACAUCGACCACGAAAAAGUAUCCAAUGCAUUGCUAGAAGUAAAAGGAGUACUGAUGGUACACGACUUGAAGAUAUGGACCCUAAGCAACUCGAAAGUAUUCGCUUCCUGUCAUUUAGCGACAGAAAGUAACGUUAGCCACUCAAAGCUGCUAAAUAAGUGCACAAAGAUAUUGAAAAGGAGGUUUGAUAUAAGCGAGACUACAGUUCAAAUCGAGGCAUUUACGAAGCAAAUGCUCACAUGUAAAAUCUGCAAAAUAUUUGACUAA